UUGUCUCGACGAAGGCAGGUAUCUUGUUUAUAAACAGCUGAUUCACACCAUUGAACUUAUUUUUGACAGCUAGAUUCUUAAAUAAACUUCUAUUAUGGCGAAAUUCAUUAUCUCGUGUUGAUUCUACGUUCUCUGUUUAAAAUUUUAAAAAUAAUGUUGGAGAAAGUAAAACAUGUUAUAUUAGUUUUGUCCGGAAAGGGAGGUGUGGGUAAAUCUACUGUUAGCACACAACUGGCAAUAGCAUUACGGGAAAGCGGUUUGAAGGUGGGCUUACUGGAUAUAGAUUUAUGUGGUCCAAGUGUUCCUUUCUUGCUUGGUUUAGAACAAAGCGAUGUAUACCAAUGUGAUGAAGGUUGGGUACCUAUUUACACGGGGGAAGAUAAAACUCUCGCUGUCAUGUCAAUUGGUUUUUUAUUGAAGAACCGCAAUGAUCCCGUAAUUUGGAGGGGUCCUAAGAAAACAAUGAUGAUACGACAGUUUUUAACUGACGUAAAAUGGGACGAGUUGGAUUACUUGAUUAUUGAUACACCGCCAGGAACUUCAGAUGAACACAUAACAGUAAUGGAAUGUAUGCGUGAUGUAAAAUGUGAUGGCGCUAUUAUGGUUACCACUCCACAGGGCGUUGCUUUAGAUGAUGUACGAAAGGAACUGACCUUUUGUCGAAAAACCGGUGUCAAAGUGUUAGGUAUUGUGGAAAAUAUGAGUGGAUUUGUAUGCCCGAAAUGCAGCAACUGCACAAAUAUAUUUUCCUCUAAUGGGGGCGUUGAGUUGGCAAAACGAGCUGGUGUUCCACAUCUAGGAACAUUACCAAUAGAUCCACGAAUAAAUGUAUUAGUGGGUACGACACGAUCAGUGAUUACGGAAUUACCGGAUUCCAAUACAGCGAAAAUAUUUAAAUCAAUUGUCGAGCAGAUUACACAGCCCAAUUCCAAGUCUAUCAGCACAGAUUGAGUGUAUAUAUAACAAUUUCAUAUUCGUUUUUUUCAAUUAAAUACGACGUUUAAUAGCAAACGUUAUAGAUUUUUUAAAUAUGUGUAUAAAUUUAUUUUCCUCCUUUUAUUAUUUUUUCUCUCGUUUUUUUCUUAUUGUAGGUUAAAGAAAUUUUUAUCAAAGUUUUAUCGAAAUUUCGAUUAUCGAUAAAAUUAUUAAUGGAAUUUAACUUUUUAUGAUUAUUUUAUUUGAAUAAAUAUAACUUUCUGUUU